AUGGAGAGGCCCACGUGGCUGAGCAGGGGCGCAGGAUCAGAGGGACGUGGUGAAUGGCGGAGGCGGCUUCAGCCCCAGGCCACUGGGAAGGGCUUGGGGAGCCGGGAGCCCGGCGCAGCGCCACCGCGGGGGCCUGGGGGCGGCGGAACCCGCCGAGAGGAGGUGCCCAGGGGGCGAACCCGGGUCCCGGAUCUCAGGCAGCCACGUGGGGACAGCGCGUCUCCCGGGAUCUCGAGCGCGGGACGGCUCCUGGCCCGGCCCUCCCUCCGGAUCCGGGCGCCGCCCUCGCUGGCUCCAGGCGCAGCCGCCGGCGCAGGGCCACCUCCCGCCCGCGGGCCACAGCGCUCGGCCGCGGGUCCGGGCUCCGGAUUGCAGCCGCCGGCCCCGAGGAGAGGACCGGCUGCCCAGAGCCGGGUCCCGGGGCUCCCUGGGGAGGCCGAUCCCGGGGGGCCCCCCGACUGCCUCCCGAGCAGGGCGGGAAGACGACCCCGGUCCCCAGAGCCCUGCGAGCGGGCCGCCCGGGGAGCGCCGGACAGAUGGUGCUUCAAGAGGCAGCUUGUGGACCUGGUGAUGGAGGGCGUGUGGCAGGAGCUGCUGGACAGCGCCCAGAUCGAGAUCUGCGUGGCCGACUGGUGGGGCGCCCGAGAAAACUGCGGCUGCAUCUACCGGCUUCGGGUCCGCCUCCUGGACACGUAUGAAAACGAAGUGGUCAAGUUCUCAGCGUCCCCCAACCCAGUCCUUCAGUGGACUGAGAGGAGCUGCCGACAGGUCUCCCACGUCUUCACCAACUUCGGCAAGGGCAUCCGCUACGUGUCUUUUGAGCAGUACGGGAGAGACAUGCGUUCUUGGGUGGGACACUAUGGUGCCCUGGUGACCCACUCCAGCGUGAGAAUCAGGAUCCGCCCGUCCUAGUGACCAGUUUGACCCCGAAGUCCAGGCUGCACUGCCACCUGCUGGAUGCUGUCAAAAUCAAGGGUGGCUUCACAUCCCAGAGCCAGAGGAUACUCAGGGACAGUGGGGGUCCCGUGUGGCUUCUUCCCCGGGCACACCUCCCGUAACCCACUUGCUGCUGUUUUGGCGUGGCCGUCCUCAUGCUGUGUGACAAACCAGGGACCCAGGGGGCUCCUUAGAGCUUCCUCAGCUCCUCAGCUGGGGGUGUCAUAAAAGUAACUGACAUUUAGUUGGUUCAUGUCUAUAAAUUAUUUCCUCAUGUGAUGUCAGUGGGUAAACCAUUCCCUGGUGACUGGUCUGCGUGUUUUGGGGUGAGCUGACUGCAGGCAGGGAGCGGAGGCCGUUCAGAGCAUCUGACCUGGAGACCAGCAAAGACCCCAGAGAAAUCCCAUGUGGUCUGGGGAGUCUCCGGGAUCCAGCUGUGGGGCCAUGAACCCCCCACUGCUGAGCAAUGUCCACCCCGCUGCCCAUCAGCACCUCCUCUGGGGCCGGGUCCCUGCCCUCAGCUCCAGCCGGAUCCACCCUCCUUCCCUGCACUCACACCAUCUUCUAUAGAGACUUCUUGAGCAAGGUGUGCCAGGAGCGCUUUCCUCAUCUCCGGGCACGGUCAACCAACCAACCAGCUCAAUAAAACUGGUGCUAAACAUGA